AAAGAAUAUAUCUUUAUAUCCCACUCUCUCUUCCUCUAAGCACAUUUAAUUUCAUUAUGAAAUCAUCAAAGAUUAUGUUUACCUGGCUAGGACUAGGCAUAGUGGCUUUGGCCAUUACCCUGUCAGCGGUGCAAACUGUUGCCCAACUACAUUCAACUACGAAUGAGGAGAACCCCAAUGAUCAUUUUCCCUUGCCCAAAACUGAGGAGCCAUCUUAUCAUCAGGGAAGAAUUGGUCGUUUCCUUGCUGAUGGGCCCCGGGCACCAGCUCGAAUGACCUGUGACAAGUACCCCACGGUUUGCCGCGCCAGGGGAAGCCCCGGCUCGGACUGCUGCAACAAGCAAUGUGUCAACGUGAUGACAGACAAAGGGAACUGCGGAAAGUGUGGCAAGAGGUGCAGCUACUCGGAGAUGUGCUGCCAAGGGAGGUGUGUGAACCCAUCGGUCGACGAAUACCACUGCGGCCGCUGCAACAACGCGUGCAAGAAGGGAAGCUCGUGCCUUUAUGGGCUGUGCAGCUAUGCUAAUUAGGCUGGCUGGCUUCUGCUUUCUUUUAUGAUUGCUUUCUUUUAUUCUAUCAUCUACUAGUAGCUAAGGAACUCAGCAAGAGUCCAUCACUAUUGUUUCUUUGAUGAACUUUUUCCAAAAUUCAUAUAUACUGGAAUCCAAGUUGU